AGAUGUCGGUGAUGAUUGAGACCUCGCUCGGGGAGGUCGUGGUGGAUCUGUUCUGCGAAGACGCCCCGCUCGCAGCAAAGAACUUCCUCAAGCUCUGCAAGAUCAAGUACUACAAUGGCUGCCUGUUCUACAACGUACAACAGAACUUCAUGGUACAGACGGGGGAUCCCACCGCCACGGGCAAAGGUGGCACGUCGGUGUACGGCCUCAUGUACGGCGAGCAAGCCCGCGCUACGAGCCGCAAGCACGACGAGGCCGGCCUGUUGUCGAUGGCCAACAUGGGGGUGCCCAACUCGAAUGGCUCUCAGUUUUUCUUCUCCAUGCGCGGCGAUGACAUGCAACACCUCGACGGCAAGCACACCGUGUUCGCCAAGGUGAUGGAGGGGAUGGAGACCCUGGAGGAGAUCAACGGGCAGUUCUGCGACGACAACGGGAGGCCGUACCGCGACAUCCGCAUCCUGCACACGUACGUCCUGGACGACCCGUUCGACGACCCGCCUCAGCUGAGAGAAAAGACGGCGAGGUCUAACGCUGUGGUGCUGGAGAUGAUCGGAGAUCUCCCUGAUGCGGAUAUGAAGCCGCCGGAGAACGUUCUGUUCGUGUGCAAGCUCAACCCGGUCACCACUGACGACGACUUGGAGAUAAUAUUCACCAGGCACGAAAUACAUCCGACGUCGGCCUGUUUCCUAAGCUUAAUUACUUGGUUCGGGACCUGCCGGGCCGAGAUCUGCCGGGAUCACAUCACUGGCGACAGCCUUAACUACGCCUUCGUGGAGUUCGAGGCUAUCGAGUCAUGCGAGGAGGCGUUCAAGAAGAUGAACAACGUGCUCAUCGACGAUCGGCGCAUCCGGGUAGACUUCAGCCAGUCUGUUGCUAAAGAAUGGGGGGCCAGAAGCUGGCUAGCGGAAAGGGGGGCAAGCCAGCACAGCAGCCACAGCAGAACAACACCCAAAGAGACAGCCACGCCUCGGGUGGCGCGCACGGCGCUGCGGGUCAGCACCGCAAAAGCAAAUGGGGGAACGCCCCUGUCAGCCGGGAGGUGGCACAUGCGGUCGGGAAACCGCCCUCGGAGAUCAUGCGGGGAGGAGAUGCCACCUCGCACCGUCGGGACGGAGGGCGAAACGACGAAGGGCAAUCGGCCGCUUCUAGGCGGGGCAAUUACGAGACAGUCGGGGGUGGUGGACACGGUCGUCGACGGGAAGAGGACCGCCGGGGCGGCAGAGGAGACAGGCGCGACGGCGGCGGCGACGGAAGACGCGGGGAUGGCCGAAGGAAGGAUGACGGGGGCGACAGGAGGCAUGGCGGUGACGACGGCGGGGCACGGGGCUCUCGCGACGAUGAACGCGAGCGCAGAGAGAGGAGGGACGAAGCCUCGAGUGGAGGGGACGGGAGACAAGGUGGGAGUCGGCACAGCAGAGCCAGAGGUGGGGAGGGUCGAAGGGCGCAAGACGAAGGUCGCAACGGCGGCGGCCGCAGCAAGAACGACGAUCGUGGUCACCGAGAUGACCGCCACCGCGGCAGUAGAGAACGCGGCCACGGGAGGGGCGACGACCGCUCUAAACGACACGACCGUAGCAGGAGCAGAAGUCGCGAAAAGGAUCGUCGGAGGGGUGGGAGUCGGGAUAGGAGAUCGAAGCGGUAGGAUCAGCAGGAAGUGAUACAUCGCAUGUGCCCGCAA